UUGAGGAACGAACACACACUGUUAAGGGUUUAAUGAAUUUUACAGAGCAAUAGAGAGUGAGAAGAAGCCCAAAUCACCAGAAUCUAAAUAAAGAAGAUGAGGUUUUCGUUUGCGUUUUCGUGGACGAGAAAGAGAUGUGUGCACCGAAAUCAUCUCAAAAAAGGUAAUCACGAAACUGCUCUUCCCUCGAUUUCCAUUUGUGGUUUCAGUUGCUGGGUACGAGCUUUCUCUGGUGAUAGUUGUGAUUACAGAGAGAAGAUUAGAAAUGGGUUUCUACAGAAUAUUAAAUUAGACGAUGCAAUUGUUUUGUUUGGUGAGAUGGUAAAGUCUCGCCCUUUUCCUUCCAUUGUCGACUUCAGUAAAUUGUUGAGUGCUAUUGCGAAGAUGAAGAAGUUUGAUGUCGUGAUAUCUCUGGGAGAGAAGAUGGAGAUGCUGAGGAUUCCACAUAAUCUCUAUACAUACAAUAUUUUGAUAAACUGUUUCUGCCGCUCCUCUCAGCUCUCUUCUGCUUUCGCUAUUCUUGGGAAGAUGAUGAAACUCGGGUAUGAGCCCGAUUUAGUCACGUUUAACUCGCUGCUCAAUGGUUUCUGUCACGGGAAUAGGAUUUCAGAUGCAGUAUCUCUGCUUGAUCAAAUGGUGGAAUUGGGAUACAAACCUGAUACCGUCACGUUUACAACUCUGAUUCAUGGACUUUUUCUCAACAACAAAGUCUCAGAAGCAGUGGCGUUAGUUGACAGAAUGGCUGCGAAAGGAUGUCAACCAGAUCUGCUUACUUAUGGUGCGGUGAUAAAUGGAAUUUGUAAGAGAGGUUCUAUGGAUUUGGCUUUAAAUCUGCUCAAGAAGUUGGAAGCAGAGAAAAUAAAGCCAAAUGUUGUGAUCUACAACACAGUCAUCGAUGGUCUUUGCAAAUACAGAGAUGUGAAUGAGGCACUCGACUUAUUCAACGAAAUGGAGAACAAAGGAAUUAAGCCAAAUGUUAUUACCUACAAUUCCUUGAUAAGCUGCCUUUGUAAUUACGGAAGAUGGAGUGAUACCUCUCGACUACUCAGUGAUAUGAUUAAGAGGAAAUUGAACCCCGAUGUUGUCACCUUCAAUGCGUUGAUCGAUGCGUUAGUGAAAGAGGGAAAGCUUUUGGAGGCUGAGGAAUUAUACAAAGAGAUGAUCGAAAGGUCUGUAACUCCUAAUACCAUCACUUACAAUUCAUUGAUCAACGGGUUUUGUAUGCACGAUCGUCUAGAUGAGGCGGAACGUAUGUUUGAGCUCAUGGUUAGCAAGGAUUCUCUCCCGGAUAUAGUGACUUGUAAUACUCUUAUAAAUGGAUUAUGCAAGUCUAAGAGAGUAGAAGAUGGUAGGGAACUCUUCAGGGAGAUGUCUCAAAGAGGACUGGUUGCAGACACAAUCACUUACACCACUCUGAUGCAAGGGUUUUUCCAAGCUGGAGAUUGUGAUAAUGCCCAAGAAGUAUUCAAACAGAUGGUUUCUGAUGGUGUGCCUCGUGAUAUUGUGACAUACAACACUUUGUUAGAUGGACUCUGUAACAACGAGAAGCUAGAGAACGCAUUGUUCAUAUUUCAGGAUAUGCAGAAAAGUGAAAUCGAACUUGAUAUUGCUACGUAUAAUAUCAUCAUACAUGGGAAGUGCAAGGCUGGUGAGAUUGAAGAUGCGCAGGAGUUGUUUUGUAGCCUCAGGCUCAAAGGAUUGCAGCCUGAUGUUAUAACAUACAAUACAAUGAUCUCAGGAUUGUGUAGUAAACGCCUUCUGAAUGAAGCGGAUGCCUUGUUCAGAGAAAUGAAAGAAGACGGGCCUAAACCAAGUAGUGGAACGUAUAAUACGCUGAUCAGGGUACAUCUAAAAAAUGGUGACAAAACCGCAUCAUCUGAGCUCAUCAAAGAAAUGAGAAGUUGCAAGUUUUCUGGAGACGCUUCGACAAUAAGUUUGGUUUAUGAUAUGUUGUAUGAUGGGAGAUUGGACAAAAGCUUUCUGAACAUGAUUUCUUAAACCUAGUUUAUCCACAAGAGAAGAGGAAUGGUAGACCAACUCUCUUCUCUUCAAAGCAUCAGUGAGGUUAACACAAGAUCAGUGGUGAGCAUCAGAAGAAGAAGAAGAUCUCAGACUUUAUUAUGGUUUUAGUUUAUAUUUGGUUUUCAACCAAACUUAUUUGACAAUUCUUAAUUUUAAUGAUUGUUUAGACAAGUUUAUACAUAGCUCUUUCGCUUCAAAUAAAGUAACUUUG